UAAACAAAUCCUUGAAUCAUUUGAGCUUCGACAGAAAUGGCGCAGUAAGUUAGCCGGCUGAGCUCCCAGCCCUGCCGCCCGUACAGUGAGCGCCGCCCCGCCGCGCCGGUCGGCCCACUCAGAGCGGCCCCGGGUGCGGGCGUGCCAUGGCCGACCCCACCGCGACGUACGUGUUCCCGCCGGUGGACCCAAGUCCGGCCGAGCAGCGGAGACGGGCAUCCGAGCGAUCCACCUCUUCAGAGGAGAAGCAGUCGCGCUCUAGCUGGCGGGAGAGUCUGACGGGCACAGAUCUGGCAACCCGAGGCAGCGGCAGCAAACCACCCACAAUAAGCGACGAUGUCGCGGACGGUGACGUGUUUCUGGGCGAGCCGCUCGAGCUGCAGUCCCCGGAGCCGUCCGGGCCGUGUCACCGGUUCGCGCGGCCGCUGCUGCGCUCCAGCUACGCGCCGCCGGCGGGCGGGGCGCCGUGGCGGCGCGCCCUGUACGGCUGCACGUGCCCGCCCUGGGGCUGGCUGGAGGGCCUGCUCUCGGCGGCGGCCGUCACUCUAGCCGUCUGGGGACUGGCGGUGGCUCUGACCGGGCCGCACGCCCUGCCCGGCGGACAGAUAUUCGGCAUUCUCUGCCUGCUGGUGCUGUGCCUGGCCGCCGGCUGGGUGGCCGCCCUGGUCCGCCUGCCGCCGCUGCUCGGGAUGCUCAUCAUGGGACUGUGUCUGGCCAACGUACCGGGACUGCGGUCCGUGGCCUCCUCCAUCCCGGAGGGCACCUCGUCACUGCUCAGGAACAUGGCGCUGAUGGUGAUUCUGACGCGGGCCGGCCUGGGUCUGGACGCGGCCGCGCUGCGCCGUCUCAGUCUGGUGGUGCUCCGGCUGGCGUUCACACCCUGUCUGUGUGAGACGCUGACGGUCGGCGUGGCGGCCCACCUGCUGCUCGGCUUCCCCUGGAUCUGGGCAUUCAUGCUCGGGUUUGUACUGGCCGCCGUGUCUCCGGCGGUGGUCGUCCCGUGCCUGCUCUCCCUCCAGCAGCAGGGAUACGGUGUGGAGAAGGGCGUGCCCACGCUGGUUAUCGCCGCCGCCAGCGUGGAUGAUGUGCUGGCCAUCUCCGGCUUCGGCGUCCUGCUCGGAGUCAACUUCUCACGGGGCGCCCUGACGGAGAAGCUGCUCUCGGGUCCGCUGGAGGUGGUGAUGGGUCUGGGGUACGGCGUGGUGGGCGGCGUGCUGCUCUGGUACCUGCCGGGCGCCUCCAACAGUCGGCUGGCGCUGCUGCGACUGCUGCUCCUCACCUGCACCGGCCUGCUGGCCCUGUUUGGCAGUCAGAAGGUGGGAUAUGCCGGCGCGGGCGCGCUGGCCGCCCUCACCCUGGCGUUUGUGGCCGGACACGGCUGGAGGAGGAGCGGGUGGACCGGAGACACGAAUCCAGUGAGCGAUGCCUACUCGGUACUCUGGUUCGUCUUCCAACCGCUGCUGUUCGGUCUGAUCGGCGCCGAGAUCCAAGUGAACGCUCUCCGGGCAGACACCGUCGGACUGGGGCUGCUCGUGCUGUUCAUAGGCCUGACGGUGCGGAUGGCGGUGACGUUUUUCGUCGUGCUCGGCGGCGGGCUGACCGUCAAGGAGCGACUCUUUGUCACACUGGCCUGGCUGCCUAAGGCCACAGUGCAGGCCGCCAUCGGUCCGGUGGCGCUCGACUUUGCCCGCCAGUACGCCCCCACGCCCGAGAACAUCAGCCUCGGCGAACAGGUGGUGGCUAUUGCUGUGCUGGUGAUCCUGGUGACGGCUCCGCUGGGCGCGGCGGCCAUCAUGCUCUCUGCUCCGCGCCUCCUCUCCAAGGCCUCCCAGGUGGGGCCUGAUGACAAGGAGGUGCAGAAAGUGGCCAACGGGGACAACGCGGCCUGAGGGACCCCUUCCCCCUCCUCCCGCCCUCCGCUGCUCUAGUCUAGCUGUAGUCUGUACGGGUCCAACGCGCUCCCCUUACCCCGCUAUAUCACCGAUAUCACGUGCCAUGCGCGGGUUGGCGCGCGCGCACGCUCUCUCUUCUCUGUGCAAUAUGUGUGGUAUUUUGGCGCGCCGCCCGCUCGCUGUGCCCUCCCCCCGCCGGGAGGUCUCUGGCUGUGGCAGAUCACUGAGCUGGAGGUCACGUGCGUCGGAUAACGGUUUAUCGACGACUGGUCGAUGGAGAAGGAACUCACGGGUCCUACGGCCGAUAACUGUUGUUUGUUGUUCGAUAUGAUCGUUCUAAAUAUAUCUGGGAGUUUU